AUGCAUAUAAUCUUUUCGUCAUCUAUCUACACAGACAAUUUAUCCAAACUUUCAUCCAUUUCAAGUCACUCUAUCCAAAGUGAAGUGAUUCAAAGUUAUUCUGGUGUAUCAAGUGGCUAUGUCAACUCUAUUACCUGUGGAGGUGGAUGUGGUGGCAGCGGUGGUGGUUUCGGUGGCAGCGGUGGCGGUGGUGGUGGUCGCCCACGUCAUGAAGGAGGAGGUGGAGGUGGCGGUCAUAACGCCGGUAUGGAGUCUGGAAGAAACUAA